AUGUACGGACUGCGCUCAGUCCGCAGACGUCAUGUAUUCCUCAUCUUCGCAACAAUCUUCCUCGUCAUUUUCCUGACCAACAACACAAAUGCAGUUCACCGACUCAGGCGGCUCGACAUCGAGUCGAUCGACUGGAGCAACUACGAAGAGGACAUCAUUUCCCACGUCAAAGAAGAGCUCAAUUCCAUCGUGGAAAAUCCCGAAGAUUUUUUAGAAUCAAAAAAGACCGAAGAGAUAGAAGAGAAAAUUGAGGAAAAUGAGAAAACAACUUUGACGGAAACAUCAUCAACGUCAGCAACAUCGACAAUUUCGACAAGUUCGACAAUUUCUUCCUCAUCAACAUCAUCAUCAACAACAGAAAAAACUGAGAAGAGAAUUGAGACGCCGAAAAGUGCAGAAAACAAAGAAGAAAAUCAACAAAGAAAAAAUGAAAAAGAGGUUGAAAAUGAGCCAGAAAAACCAUCCCAUUCACCAGAACCGGAAAUAUCUCGAGUCAAAAUCGAAAAAAACGCUCAAGAACCCGCCGCGAUCGCGAAGCAAAAAGCGCUAGAAAACAUCAAAAAACAUCUGCAGCCAGCCAAAAUCCCAGAAAAAGAAUCCGUGCCUUGGGUUUAUCCAACAAUUCCAGCUCCUGGCGAAAAGAAAAAGGGCCCGCCAGUAGUGGCAAAACGCUUUGUCGUGAAAAAAUUUCUGAAUGCGACGAACAUUCAUAUUUUUUAUCGAUCGCUCCCGGAGAAAACUGAGCAGAGGCGGCUUUUACGGGCGUAUAUGAAGAUGUGGAUGAGUGUUAAUUCCGACGAGUCGAUGCUUCCGAUGAAUUACUCGAUCGUCUCUUUUGAUGACGAAAAAACAAGGCGAGAAAGCGAGAAAUUCGGGGAUCUCCACCUCUGCGCUCGGAAUUCAAGCGAGCUGGAAGAAUACACCCUUCUCAUGAAAGCAGUGAAUCUCGCCACGGAAAUGAAUUUGAACGAAACCGAAGUCGCAAUUUUCGCCUACACAACUGACCUCGUUGAUUCCAGCGAAAUCACCAGCGCGACCGGAAAAUUGGCAGCGAUCGACUCGGGUGGGGAGAAAAAUAUGAUUUGCUUCAAAGGUUCUAGCAGGGAUACGAAUCAUUAUUCUAGUUGUGGAGAAAAACCGGUUUUUGCGCUGAGAGGAGAUGUUGUCAAAUUGUUGGCGAAAGAGAUGGAGAUUAUCAAGCCUUACAUGGGGAGCAUUGAAGAACGCCGAAUAGGCUGGUUGACUGGAAUCGUCCGUGCUCGCUCGAAAAUCGUAGGAUUGGGCGUCAACCAAGACAACCACAAUCUCAUCCAAAUGCCCUUCGAACUCGAGCAGUUCAACGACUUCUACGAGGACAACUACGACUGGGGAAUGGAUCGAAAGCCUCGAAAACUGAUGGACUACGACCUGCCCGAAAUUUACAGAAAACCAGCGGAAUGGAAGAUAGAAAUAGAAAUAGCGCCACCUUGCGACCCUUCUCCUUACUUGUAUCUCGUGAAAACUUCCAGGAAAAAUUUUGAGCGUCGAAAUUUUCUCCGGGCGUUUCAAGAGUUCGACAAAAACUCGACCAAGAUCGAAAAUCUUCCUCAAAUGCGAUUUUUGCUUGGAAAAGGAAAAUCCUCGGAAGACCCUUCCAUCGAGAAAUUCAUUAAAAAAGAGAUGAAAGAGCACGGCGACUUGGUGGUUGGAAAGUUCAUCGACGAAUACGACAAUCUUCCUCACAAAACAAUGGCUGGCUAUACUUACUUCGCCGAAAACUGCAUGAAACCGCACAAGAAGCAGUACGUGAUGUUUAUCGAUGACGAUGUCUUGCUGGACGUCGAGCAUCUCGACAGUUAUUUCAAGCAACCAAACGCUAGCGACUUCACUUGCUUUGGAUUCCUCGGAGAACAUGCGAGGCCGAAUCGAUGGGGAAAAUACAACGUUACAAUUGAACAGUGGGCGGGCGGUCAUUUCUUUCCGAAAUUUUGCUCCGGUCCUUGCGCUGGAAUGACGGCAAAAAUGAGCGAGAAGAUAUAUGAGGCAGCUUCUACGACGGAUGCCAAGGGGUUCAAGCUUGAAGACGUCCUUUUUACAGGCAUUAUUCGAACGAAAGCGGGCAUCCCGGAGCCAUCCUUUCAAAAAGACGUGUGCAAACAUUUCGACCAAAAGACCAAGCAAGCGACGGAAAUGUCGAUGUGGCAAUACAUCCGACAGCUGUGCGCCCGGCGCAAAUACAUGUCGACGAUUCAAGAUCUGGAAAAACUAGCGAUCGCGUUCGGAUUCGAUCCGAAUAAGUACGCGCACCUUAAAGUUGGCCUCCCCCCGGGCGUGUCGGCAAGAAAACCUCCCAUCGUUGAAAAGGGGGUUUCGGUGGUAAAACCAGUCGACCUCGAGGGAAAAGUCGGAAAACCAAUUUACCGAAAACCUGAUCUUUCAAAACCCGGGCUAUAUCAGGCCCCAAAGCCGACAAUUCAAGAGAGAUCAAAUGAAGAGCUUGAAAAACUGAAAACAGAAAUCGCCGAAGAGGAGAAUUUUAGGCGAUGUCGAGAUACAAGCCUUCUCUUGCUCUUACACGAACACACAAUGAAAGAAACAGGGCCUGGAUCCUUUCUCGUCAACUUGGACCAGCAAUUCGGCACCUCAGGACUCGAAUGGAAACUCAUCACGAACGCCAAAGGAUUUGAACUGAAGGGCUCCGAUCUUUACACCAAAUCCGAAAUCGACCGAGAAAAAAUCUGCCCAACGAAGAAAAAUGAAGACUGUAUUAUUAAUUUGAAGCUCUAUUCCUUCAAAAAUCAAGGAAUUUACGAACUCAGUUUGACGAUCGAAGAUGUCAACGACCACAAGCCAGUUUUCGAAGACGAACCGAUCGAGAUUUUCUUUUCCGAAGACGCCCAAGUUGGCCAGCGAAAAAUGCUCUUCAGCGCGACUGAUGAAGACUCCGACGAAUUCGGAAUCGACCGCUACUCGCUGAAAGACGACUCGGAAACGUUCAACCUGGUCGAGUACAAAAACCCAGACGACACGAAAGUUCCACAGCUGAUUUUAAAAAGAACUCUCGACCGCGAAGAAAAGGACAAUUACGAACUCGCCUUGACGGCGUUCGACAAAGGCGAGCGCGCGAGCACGGUCAAGGUGCUCGUCAACGUUGUUGACGUUAAUGACAAUCGGCCGACUUGGCAAGGCUGCGAGGGAGGCUCCGUUUCGAUCUCAAUCAAAGAGGGGCUCGCGAUUGGCGAGCGACUGCCGAUCUCUAUUGUUGCCACCGACGCGGAUGAUGGGCUAAAUGGACAGAUUACUUACAGAUAUUCCUCGACAACAAACACCGAAGCCCGAAAAGUCUUCAAUUUGAACCCUCAAACAGCCGAAAUCACAAUUCUCGAAUCACCCGACUUCGAAAACGUCCAAUCCCACCACCUCUACCUCGAAGCAGUUGACAACGGUCAAGAACCCAAAGUCGCCUACUGCAUCCUCAACGUCAACGUCCUCGACGAAAACGACGAAGAGCCGGAAGUCCAAGUCACACCGCUGAAUGCCGAGGCAGGCAGCAACUCGAGCGUGAUUUUUCUGAAAGAAGACUUCGAAGUUGGAGGGCUCUUCGCAAUUGUCCUUGUCACCGAUAAAGACAACCGCGGCGAAGAAGUCACCGCCUCCAUCGACAACAGCGCUUUUGAACUGGUCAAGUUUGAAGUCGGCAGCUUUCAACUGCUCCUCGCCGAGGCGCUCGACUACGAGCAGACUACAGUUAUUCAGGCGACGAUCUCAGCCACCGACGGAGAGCAAAGCCCCCUUACAAAGGUUUAUCCUCUCGAGAUUGUCGUCCAGGAUGUGAACGACAAUGGCCCCAAGUUUCAGCUUCAAGAAUACCAAGUCAAACUCUCCGAAUCGGAAGAAAUCGGCUACGUCUUGCUCAACCGCUUUAGCGCCACGGACGAAGACGCCGGCGAAAACGGUUGCAUCGACUACGAAUUAACUGGAAAAGACUCGUAUCUCUUCGGCACUGAAGUGGAAGGCGAUUGCGGGCCAGUCUCGAUCGUCCUCAGGCAAAAAAUCGAUUACGAUGAACAACAGCUCGACUCGGAAAGCGCUGAAUUGGGAAAGAUGGAACUUCAACUCGUGGCAAAAGACCGCGGUUUUCCGCAAAAAACAAGCGCUACGAGCAUUUUUGUCGAGCUUAUCGACGAGAACGACAACCAGCCGACCUUUUCCAAGUCGAAAUACAGCUUCGAAUUCCCCGAAACUGCUGAAAAAGGCGACAUAAUUGGAAUCAUCACCGCUGAAGACAACGAUCUCAGCCCUGCUUUUUCCGACAUCAAAUUCGACUUCAAACCUGAAAAAAGUCAGCUGUCGACUCCGCCGAAUCCCUUCGAGUUGGAAAUGAUGGCCGAUAAAAAGUCCGCCCAAAUUGUUCUCAAAAGACAACUCGAUUUUGAAGAUGAAGGAGAGAAAAACAACAAAAAAUGGGAAUUUGUCAUUACCGCCGAAAACCCGGAAAUGCAGGGGAUGACAGUCAGCGAGGCACAUGUCAAAAUCCAGCUUCUCGACGUCAACGAGUUCGCUCCUUCGAUCGAGUUCAAGAAAUUCAAGACGCUGCGGACUAACAAGGGCAAAUCCUACGCGGUGGUCGAGGAACAGGCGAAUGUUACUGUAUCGAGAUUGGAAGUUAGCGAUGAAGACGCUUCAACGACCGCAGAGGAUGUUUCCAUUCAACUUUUUCCGACUUCGAAUCAAUUUUUCAAGCUCCAGGAAACCUCAAAAACCGGAAAAUACCUCCUCGACUACCAGGGCAAUCACGCUGACGGGCUUUUUCUAGUCGAAAUCGCCGCCAACGACAAUUUUUCUCCUUCCCCAAAAAACAGCACCAUCCGCUUUCCAGUGUUCAUCAACACUCGAGCGAGCAAAAAUGCCACGGAAAUUGCCGCAAUCGUCGAUGAAACCCAACUUGAAGAUCUUGACAAUGACGAUUUCGCCGAUAUUUUGAGCGCGAACAUUGUCUUUAUCGGCGGCGGAGCAGCGGUUUUCCUCAUUUUGCUGAUUGUUUUGGUUUGCUGUUGUUGCAGAGCGCGCUGCUGGAGCAAGAAAAAAACAAGGGCACCAAGAAGCCUACAAUGUUUCGAUGAAAAAAGGGGGGCAUGA